UGUUUUUGGUAUCAUAAAUCAUAAACCCUAAUUCUCCCUACAAACAAGCAAAGAUUCUCUCGGAGUUUUCUUCUCUUUCUGGUCCAAAAUGGAGGAACGUGAAGAACAGGCCUUGUCUGCAAAUUCGAAAACCGAACGCGAAGCCCUAACUCUCUGUGAAGAGUGCAAAGUGAAGGAAUCGAAAUACAAAUGCCCUGGUUGCUCUCUUCGCUCUUGUAGCCUCCCCUGCGUCAAAUCACACAAACAACGAACCGGUUGUACCGGCAAGAGCAACCGGACGGAGUUCGUCCCUCUUUCUCAGUUCGACGACAAUCAGCUUCUCUCCGAUUACAAUUUGCUUGAGGAAGUAAAAAGGGUUGCUGAAUCAGCUCAAAGAAUGAGAAACAAGCUGUGCAGAUAUAACUGUUUCAGGCUACCAUUUCACCUUAGAAGCGUUCGGAAUGCCGCUGCAAGUCGGAGAACGAAACUCCUUUUUCUUUCAGGUGGCAUGUCGAAAAGAGAGACGAAUCAAACUCGAUAUGAUCAGAGGAAGAAGUGUAUCUACUGGACGAUUGAGUGGCGAUUCCAUUCAACCGAUGUUGUGCUAGUUGACCACGGAGUAAACGAAAACACGACCAUCCGCUCCAUUAUUGGGAACCAUCUAAAACCUGGCCCUUGGAAUCAUAAAUUGAAGCAAUUUUGUGACGAAGAGCUGGAUUCUCUCAAGUUCUUUAUUUGUAAAUAUCACAAGAGUGCAAAGUCACCUUUUUAUGAGUUGGAUUCUAAGGCUCCAUUGAGGCAGCAACUGACAAAUAUGUUGAUCUUAGAGUAUCCCAUCAUUUAUGUUUUUCUCCCUUCACACAGUAUUGAUUUUGAGGUCAUUAAACAAGCUCGUUCUGCCAUGCACAAACCAGAGUUUAGAAGUUCGGAAAGCAAUAAUCAUUUGAGCCCAGGAGGUAUUCCUUUUAAGGAGGAGGAAAUAAAAGAAGAUGAAGGCUUGUUGGCUCCUAGAGUGUUUGAUCUCAUGAAGCGUGAGAAUUCAGCUUCCCCAAAUAAGUUUGCUCGUCGAAAUAGCUCCGAGAAAGUAUCAAACAACUCAUCAGAGAGAACCUUGUCUGCCGGAGUUGCAGGAGGAAGUGGUUCACAUUCUGGCUCCAAUACCAAUGAGCAAUUUAUUUUCGACGACAUAGAUUUUGAUUUCGAUCAAGGGUUAAUAGAUGCAUACUCGGAUCUCAUUGCUGAAAUUAAUCCCGAUGACUUUCUCAAUUUUGAAGGUGUACUUACCAAGGAAGUAGGGUCGGGAGAAAGACAAUAUUCAUGCGUUGGGGAAGACUUCCUAGCAGCGGAUGACUUAGAAGAGGGAGAGAUUCUAGAAUGAAUUGACGAAUUACAAUACUUAUAAUAAUCGUCAAAACGGAAGUAGAAGCAAAAUUUUGAGUUCUGGCCAUCUUAACUUAUUCCUGUGUGAUUGUCUUCAAUUUUCUGGAGGUAUUACUGGGAGUCUUUCUCGUGUGUUUAGCCUUGUCCACUUGUAAAGGGGCAUACCGAUUGUAAGCUGCAGGGUUUUAUUUGCAAAGUUUCUCAAAGUUCAAACAUCUUUUGAGAUUUGUGCCCGUAGUUAACCUGUGCAUAUGAUGAGAAGUGCAUGUAGUCCGUUCUAUCUAAUUUUUCUUAAGUGUUAAUGAUUGGAGUCAAAUUGCUGUAGUCUACAAGUAUGGGGACAAUAGUUAAAAU